AUGCCGCGUACGGAGCGCAAGAAACACUUUGCGUGGCUCAACCGGCAGACAAAGGCUGAUCCAGAGCUCUUGGCAAAGUAUCAGCUUCUGAAAACUGAUGAUGACAAGUUCCGCUUCUUGAAGGACUGCCUGCUGGCCAAGGGUGAUGCAGCGCCGCCGGUUGCGGUCAAAGAGACCUUCAAGGAUCUCACUCAGGACGAGCAAAAGGACAAGUAUGUGACGAUGACAGAGAUCCAGCUGCACCGGGAAUUUCCUGGUGAGGACGGUGCCGCGUUCAUCAAAAUUCUGAAAGCCGGCCAGAAAGGAAUUCCGCAUCCGCAGGCGCCAGAGUUCUCACCAGCCAAAAGGUACCGCGUUUUGAAAGAGAACCUCAACACAAAGGCCUUUGCCCGUUCCACCGAGUCCGAGGUGAAUGUUACAGCUGAGCCGGACGACGAGGGCAAGGAAAAGCUUAUCAAGACGGUGAAUGACUUUACCAGUGCGAUGGACCAGGCAAUCAGCAAGCCCAUGGAAACCGGGAAAACUAUCAAGCCCAAGAAGAUCCUCACCCCGGAGCAGCAGGCGGACAAGGACAUCAUGAAAACUUUCAAAAAAAUGCUUCAGCUUCCGAAGAAGCUGGUGGACCUCAACUUGGAGCUGGAGCAGGUCAAGUUCACGAACGAGCUCCGUGCCGAGAUCGAGAAAAGCAUUCCCCUGGUGGAGCAGAUGACCAAGGCCUAUGACGGCAAGGUAGGGCCCGAUGACUCUUUGGACCGCAAGAAUAUCGUGCACAGCGAGAUGAAGCAGGAUAUGAUGCCCUUCGAUGAGAUGAUUCGCGAGGCAAGGAAGCGGCUGCCAAGCCAGAAGAAGAGCCGAAGCGACGCGACUGAUGAAUCCGAGGGCUGA